AUGCAGGAUCUGAGAGGGAUUCUGAGCCUUCUCCUGAUCCAGCUGCUGGGUCAUUCCCAGGGGGUGCCCGUUGUUGUGCCCACAUUAAUCAAGCAGACCUGUGACCUGUUGCUCCACCUGCAGGAGAAAACUUCCUCUCUGCUGAGCACCUACCUCACAGUGAUGGGCCUCCCACUCUCUGAGCCAGGUUUCGCCCUCCCGGAUGUAGUCCUCCUUGGGCUGCCCUCACCCUCCAUCGGAUAUCUGGCCUGGCGCAGGCUGACGGAUGGGGAGCGCCUUUCGGAAACCUACCAAGCCUACAGCCUGCAGCUGGAGUACCUGCAGCUGGUGCUGGAUGACCUCCGGGCCUUGGACAUUGGGCAGGGGCCCGGGCAGCUGACAGAGCAGCUCAGCUUUGCCCAGGCCCAACUCCACGGCUUCGUGGCCAACCUGCGCUCCCUGCUGGAGAGCCUGGCUCAGCCCCUGCCCACUGUUGGCAAGACCCUGGACUCUGAGGCCCACAGGCCCUCUGACUUUGAGAGGAAACUCCGAGGUUAUCUCGUCUGCCGGGAGUACGUGCACUGGAUCGACCGUACAGUGAGGGAUUUCACACUCCUCUUGGACAAGUUCCCGGCCUGA